AUGUUAUCUAACGCUAUAGAGCCAUUCAGUAACUGGUCGUUGUAUCCAGUGAAUUUAGUGGAAGGAUUAUGUUUUGAUAAUUAUGAUAAUGCUGUGAAAAAAGAAAGGGAAAUAUUCCUGUCGGCUUCGGAAUCGGACCGUGGUUGUAAAAGUUACAAACCUAACUUUUCAUCAAGAAAACAACUUUUUAGUAAUAGUGACAAUAUUGUUGAUAGUGAUAGCAGUAAUGAUGAUGUACCAAUAAAAGUUAUGAAAAAACAAGACAAAAAAAAAAGUGUAGCAACUAGCUCAAUUAUUGAUAUCCCAGAAGUGUCUUAUAAUUUCAGCAUUGAAUCAAAUUCAAAUAUAUCAUUGGGAUCCAUGUCUUCUGCUACCAAAAAUAAUGAUGAAUAUUCAAAACCAUGUGAAACCAAAACUUUAGCUUCUACCUCAUCAAAUAUCAACCAAAAUAUUUUGUAUGACAUUGAUCAGAGUUCAAACAUUUCUCCUGCACCCUUAGAACAAAUUCCUAGCAGUGGCGCUUAUAUGUUAUCAGCAAUGAACACAUUACUAAAUAUGAACGAACAAAAUGUAAAUGAUUAUCAGUCUGGAUGUCUUAACUAUUCUGAAAACACAAACACAGUUCCAAUUUCACAAUUUUCAACACCUCGUCCAAUAUUAUCUGCCUCAGCUAUACUUAGAAAUGAUGCUAAAAAAUUUUCUGUUAAUAUUGAUACUGAUCAGACAAACAUAUUAAAACUUAUUUACGAACAAGGUAUUGAGACUAAUUCAUAUUUAAAACGACUGGAUGGAAGAAUGGAUCGUCUAGAACAAACAAUAAAAAAUAUGUCUGGUACCCAGAAUAAUAAUAAUUAUGCUAUAGAUAAUGCAUUUUUAUCUAUAUUCCCUUUGAAAGACAUUGACUCUUUGAAAGAGUUUGACAUUCGCAUAACAAAUGAUCCAGAUUUUAAACUCAAUGUGACAACUUUUAUGACUAGAAUAGGAGGUACUGAUGUCAAGAAUUUUAUUAAACGUGUGUUGCAAAGAAUAAUUAGUAACGAACUGUCUUCUAAAUGUUCAUGGACAGGGUUUCGUAAUAACUUCAGACUUGAAAAUAUUUUGUUUAUGAGUAUCAUGAAAGACUUAUCAAGGGAAAAAUUUAACUCAUCAGAUAUUGAUUUUGAAUUGCAUAUUAAAGACUGGUUUAGACAUGGCGCACAGCGAUUUAUUAGAGAUCAACAAAAUAAAUUAUAA